AUGCCCAUCCGUUCUUCUUCAUCUCCAGGCGCAAUUAUCGCGGUUGUACCACCUCGUACCUCAUCCCGACAGGCAACUCCUUCUCCGCAGCCAAAACCUCUUCCAUCUACGUCGGAAAGUGAGGAGGAAGUCUUCCACGAUUUGGAAAUCGGUCAAGCAUUAUUGGACAAACUCGAAAGAGGAUCGCUCGCCUCUUCAGGACCAUCCAAUCCCCAUCGUCAUCAUCAUGCAUAUACAACACCUCCUCUACCUCCUCUCUCCCCCAACACCCUAGCCACACCGCGUAGCUCCACAUCAACGCCUACUCCGACCAAAGACGAUCAACCUCAUGAACUCGCCGUAUACCUUCGUUCGCCACACUUAAAUCGGUUCUUCACUCUCCCCCGGCCUUACCCCGAAAGACCCCUCCGAGUCUCUCUCGCAGAGGUAGGAGAUCCCGCAGGACGUCCCGUAUUGGUUUUCCUCGGUCUGGGCUGCGUCAGAUAUCUGAUUGCGAUGUAUGACGACCUCGCCCGAGCACUUGGCCUUAGACUGAUCUGUAUAGAUCGAUGGGGGUACGGCAAGACUGACUCUGUUCCCGAUGAGAAGAGGAGCAUGCGCGCGUGGGCCGCAGUGGUUGAAAGAGUCAUGGAUGAGCUGGGUGUGGACACUUUUCAGAUCUUGGCGCAUAGUGCGGGGUGUGCUUAUGCCACCGCGGUGAUCCUCAGAAUGCAAGAGAGGGUCAGGGGAAAGGUGGUGAUGUUGGCACCUUGGGUCAGUACGGAAAUUGAUGGCGGUGAGUGCUUCAAAUGGCUCAAAUGGGUCCCCAAUACCGUCAUCAAGUCAGCCACCGCAGCGGAACAUCGACUCCAAACUUAUUUCCUGGGCAAACCUCCUCCCUUGACCUACAAACCUAUCGGGUUUACCGCCCCUCCUCUUCCUCCUCGGCUGUCCUCGCAAUCACCUCGAUCGUCAUCGCCAACUAUCAAACCUAGUCCCAAUACGAGUCCCAAUCCCAAUACUCUAUCUAAAUUUGAAUCUCACGACAGUAAAACCCAGUCGCCCAGGACACCCCUAGUGAGAAGUCUAAGCAAAGUGACCACUAAAAGACUCUCAAGACAAGGGUCCAUUCUGGGUCUCCGAUCACCUCCUUCGCUCCAACGAGCAGAUUCGACACCUAUUCGGAACACACCUGAAGUAGAUAUGAAAAGGAAGUUGGUCCAGAUGGCCAAUUCGGAAGUGGUACAGAAAAGAAACUCAUUGGAAAGUUCCAUACAAGCCGCAAUCAACAUAGGAUUACCUGAAGGGUUUCCCUCUUUAGGGACGAAUCUGCAGGAUCAUCCACCGAUCAGGGAUUUGAAGCUGAAUAGGACAUCAAGUGCUACCCGACCAAGUGAAGAAGGUGAAAAGAAAAAACCGCGAUUGACCGGUGCUAUGUUAGUAGCCCUCGAACAAGCCUCUCACGCCGAAUCAGAACCAGGAACAACUAGUGAUCUUCUCGGUGUAGUCCUCGCUCGACAAGCGUGGGGUUUCAGUUAUUCGGAUCUACCGUCCGAAAUACCAGUGAGGAUUUAUUGGGGGAAAGAGGAUGAUCGGGUGGGAGAAAAGGGGAUAAGAUGGUUGGAGAGGAAUUUGAAUGCUGAAGUUGUUGUUUUAUCUGGAGAGGGACAUGGUUUAGUCAGUAGAGGUGGAGUUAUGUUUGAUGUUUUGAAAGGGUUGGCGAGGGAUGAUGUGUUGGUGAGACCUGUCGAACGAGAAUUUUAG